AUGCGAUUCUUGUCCCUGUUCCUUGUUUCACUCGUGGGUUUCGACUCCCUGUCUGCCAUGGAGAAAAUCCUGGAUCCCAUCCACGAUGGCAUUGUCACGGCCCAGUGUCGGAUCCAAUGCCUCUCACAGUUUCUUGGAGACCGGGAAUUCGGUGACUUGGAUGGCAAGUGUCGACAGAAUAAGGACUGUAAUAUGUGCUGGGAAGUGUGUCAGCUGUUGGAAUCGGACUUCAUCGUCUGGGGUCCCAUGUGUGGAGUUCCGGACAUAUGCUUCCCCGGUUGCAUGAAGGCGUGCAUUUACCAUACGGAUCUGGACCUAAGCCGCCACUACGACGGGAGCCCCGUGACAGGGGAAUACUUGUUGCCGGGAAAACUGAAGGUGAAAGGGGAAGAUGGAAGGGGGCAAAAGGUGGUCGCAUGGGAAGAAGUGACCCGCAUGGGUAACAAAGUCUCCAACAGAGACGCUCGCAAUCACGGUAGACCCCCCACCCUCGAUCAGCAUGUCGUCUAUGCCCCCUUCAUCCAGCCGUUCAUCCACGACUACUAUCGACCGCUCAAUCAGACGACGGGACUGAAGAUGCGUUUAUCCGAAGACGGCUUCGAAGGGCGGAACAGCCUACUCCUCCUGGCCGUGGGAAAGGAAGGGGUCCUGGCAAGAGCCGAAACUGCUUUCGUCUUUCGGGGGGGAGUCGCACCCCGACCUUCCAUCUCGGACUUCUUCUUCCCCGUUGGAGAUGGAGGGGCUGGGGUUCCCAAUGUCUUGGACAUCGGCAAGGUCGUCGACGAGGAAGACGUUCCCAAGUCUGUCCUGUCUCCCUCUUAUUUCCCCAAGUUCAACCCUCCUCGGCCUCUCUCUUCGCUUCGUACCACAAGCACUUCCACCACCCGUCGCCCUCCCAAAACCAAGCAUCAGAAAAAAUUAGACUGGAGCCUGAAGCUGGAUUCCCUGAAGACGUCGAAAAAGCAAGGCUCAGUGAUCGCUGAAGUGUCCUGGAAUUGUUCUGGUCUGGGUCCAGGGGAGUUUCUGGUUACUUGGGAAGUUCACAGUGACCUGUCUGGGGUCAAAGGUCAUCUUUUCACCCAAGGCACCUCUGCUCGUCUCACUCUUCUUCCCCAUUCCAAGUACAUUGUCCAGGUUGAGCACAUAUCUCGGCACUUGCGAGAGAGCGAGAAGAGCCAGCCGUUGGAAGUGGAUACGGAGAAUGCCACGUCAGACGAGGCAGGGAUGGAUGACACAUUCAUCGUUCAGUUGCAGGUGCUGGCUGGAGUUGGAGCAGGGAGCUCCUGCUUCGUCCUCUUCACUCUCAUCGCUCUGGCAGCGAAAAGGCUCUGGGCAUCUAAGGCCUCUGCUCCCAAGACUUCUCCUUCCUUCCCCUCACUCCCCUCUGCCUCAGGAGCGAGGAGAGAUGAGGACGAAGGAUCUUGCAGGGACCUCGAAGGACAACUGGGUGAAGAAGAAGCUCAGAAAAGCUUGACUUAUUAUUUCCCAAUCUCUGUUCGACCCGAACACAUGCAUGAUUCCUUUGUCAGGUUGCAGGAGUUUGUCUUCAAGGAAGAACUGGGGCAAUUAGCCAAUCCCUACAUAGAUUUUCUUUACAAGUUGGAGUAUCUGCCUCUGAGCAUUCCAAUGAUGCGACAUGCCUCGCGGGAACUUGUGAUUUCAAUCCUUAUUCUUUGGCAGUGGGCAGGCCCAUGUGAUGGUGCAGAUCCAUCAUUGGUUAUCAAUCCUGAGGGGACAGUUCACCAUAAGCCACUGGGUCAAUCCCUAUACUUCCAGUGCAGGCCCAACGUUGAAAAUGUGGGCCUUGUGUCAGAAUGGAAAUGGUUUGAUCCGCAUGGGAUGGAGAUCACUGGAGAUGACAGGAUUUACACUGAGUUGAUGAUAGAUGGUGAGACUGGAAUUUCACUAAACAUAGAGCAUUUGGAGGAAAAGGAUCAGGGGGAAUACAGGUGUGAAGCCCGCUACUCUGGGAAUGUUCCCCUCCGCCAAACCAUUGAGAUACAGACAUUCCUUCCCAUCACAUGGAUUGAUGCACCAAAGAACCAGUAUGCAACAUUGGGUCAGAAAGAUGCCAGAAUCACUUGUAUAGUUCAAGCAAAUCCUGUAGCCAUGGUGGAUUGGCAGCGGGACAGAGAACCCAUAAGAACAGGGUAUGGUGGGAAUCGUUUCCGCAUAGUAGGUGAAGGUAUCAUCAUCUCUGGAGUUGAGAAUGGUGAUGAAGGAGCCUACACUUGCCGGGCCAGAGUUGCCCAAACUGGCCAGCUUGAAGAACGCAUAAUCAACUUCUCGGUCUACCGUGCACCAACAUUCAUUGAGGAACCCAAGGAUACAGAAGGGGUAGAAGGAGAGUCUCUGGAGAUAAAGUGUAGAGCAGACGGAAACCCCAGCCCCACUUAUACUUGGCUUGAUCGAAACAAUGCCAACCUUAAUGAAAGAGAGGGAUACAAAGUUGACCUGUAUGGGACACUGCAGAUUGCAUCCCUAAAGCGUGAGGAUGAGGGGUCAUUGACCUGUGUGGCGGAAAACAGUGCUGAGAAUGGUAGAGUCCAUCAUACAAUCCAGCUGGCAGUGGUUGUCAAGCCUCGAAUUGAGGAACUCCUCAACAUUUCUCGGCCUGUGAAUGGUAGUGCUGAGAUUAAUUGCAAGGUCUCUGGGAAACCCUUGCCAGAAGUGGAGAUUCGUAAACUCAGCUCUUUGAAGCCAUUCACUGUUGGGCAGCAAGAGGAUGAUCCUCGGAUUAGCUUUCACCAAAGAGAGGAAAAUGGAAUGAUGAUUGGGACACUCUACAUUGAGAAACUCACUCGAGCUGAUGAUGGUCUAUAUGGAUGCACUGCCAGCAAUAUUGGCAGUCAGGCCUACAUGAAUGGUCACAUUGAAGUUCAAUUUGCCCCAGUCUUCAAUGAGCCACCAAAUGAACGAGACUAUUUUUCAUGGGAGAGAAGGCCCAUAAAUUUGACCUGCAUUGCUGAGUCUAUUCCAAAUGCAACCAUUCAAUGGUUCUUCCAUGGAGAUCGUGAGAUCCGUAAUGAUGCUCAUUUUAUGAGGAUAGGAGAGGGUCCCAAAAGCACCCUUCAGGUAACUCCAGAGGAUCCAGUCUACUAUGCAAAAUAUCGAUGUGAGGCCAGCAACCUGAUUGGCAAAGCCAUUUAUGAGAUGGACUUGAAGGAAGCCUUUCCACCUGGCCGCAUUGACCAGGCUGCAAUUGAGACUGCCACUGCAACAACUAUUACAUGGAAGUUAAUUGGUCCUCGAGAGACAAAUGGCUUGGAAGUUGAUUCUUAUGUUGUGGAGUACAGGAAGAGAGAUGAAUCAUGGAGCGAGGCAAGACGUAGAGUAUGGAAUAAAGGUGUUCCCUACAUAUUGGAGAAUCUGGAACCCCGUGAGAUAUACAUGUUUCGCUUUGCGGCCCAAAAUUCUGUGGGCCUUGGUGAUUGGGGAGAGGAACGGCAACACACAAUGGAUGCAGAGGGACCUCCUCAACCUCCUCCUAUUCUGGGAUCUCCUCCAGAUCCUCUUAAUGAAAUUGAUAUCCCAGAGCCCUACAACUAUGAUCUUCGAUGGGAAGUGCCACCUGACAAUGGCAAACGCAUCAAUGAGUAUGAAGUCACUUACUUCAAGGUGAAGAAGAGUGGUGGGAAGUGGGAGCAGUAUGGUACAAUGAACACACGCAUUGUGGAACAGCCUGGACCUCCCAUGUACAAACUGCAAGGAUUGGAUCCUAACACAUACUACAAGGUGGAAGUCAGGGCUCGAAAUGAAAUUGGGCUAUCCCAGCCUGGUUCCAUCAUCAUUAAGACAGCUGAUGAUACAAGUCGGCAUCGACCGGGCAUCAGUGGGAGGCGUGGAAAUGGGGUCAGCGUUCAUGCUCAAUCGUCUGGCUCAGCUGCUACUACUACUGCUGCUUGGAGCCUUGUCCUUGUACUCGUCCUUGUUCUGUGAUACACACUACAUGAGCAUUGAUUUAAUGUUGGUAGAAAAGCACACACAAAAAAACAGCAUUCCCUGCUCAAAGCCAAAGAGAUCUCUCUUCUCCCCCUCCAACACCUGCAUCUCCCCCUAAGCUUUACUGUCUUGUUGUCUCCCUUGCUUCCUUCAUGGCAGGUGCUGUGCCUGUGCUUGCUAAAUUAUAACCCAUUAUGUGCCAAUGUCAGCUAAGAAGCAGGGGAAAGUGAGCUGUUAUGUGACUGCUUUAUCUAGAGAGCAUACUCCAGAUACCUCUAGGGAUGACCAAUGUGUAUAGGAAAUCCUCUCUUCUCUUGCUCUCUUUGUCGCAUGGCGACCUGUGUUCUCUCUUGGUGCAGAUUUUGCUGCCUCAGACCUUGUUGUACCAUAUGUGUCAGUAUUGGUUCUCUGAUGAUCUUGGUCAAUUUCUUCAGGGUGUUUGCACAGUCCAGCUUUGAAUCAUUUAAGGCUCGUUUUGUUGAUGACAGCUAUUCUAAUCAAAGAUUGAUUUAAUGGCAGCUUUCUCUUUCAUUUAGAAAUAAUUAACAAAGGCAUAGGAAUUUGAAAAGUAAUUUAAAAGCAGCCUGCAAUUUUGGAACAUUCCCAUGCUUGUGGACAUCCUUAUCUGAAUGACUUAGAAGUGAGUGUCUGAGCUUGAACUUUUAUUCCAUUCUGUGCAUACCUUCUCUAGGAGGACAGUAUGGUUCAUAUUGUGCACAAUACUGAAGGUGCUCAGACAAAGGCACUAAUAGUAGAAACUGACCAGCUAGAAAUGAGAGACUCUUCAAACAGCAGAACAUGUUUGUCUCGAUACUGUCCUCAGCUAUGUUGUCUGACCAUUGCCCAUUCCCUUGCUCUCCUGUGUGAUUUUUGCAUUCCAUGGAAAAGUACAAUUUGAGUUGGUUUUUUUUGUUGGUUAUUGUUUAUUUUCUACACAUGUUGUAGAGAUAUGUCAUUGGACUAACUCCACAUUGACAUUUCUAUUUUGCAUCUCCCUACCCCGUGAUCUUGAUUGUUUUAUGUGUCAGGAGUCUUUUUUGCUAGUCCUCAUUUGCCAUGAAGACGAAUUCCUAUUGUUUGUAACUUGUGAUAGUCAUCAAUGACUCAAUCUGGAGAAGGAAAGUUUGAGUUCCUUUUGAAGAUUUUGUUUAAAUUCUUGAAUGACCUUCCAAUAAAAG